GCGAAUGCUACUAUUAGUGAAAGAUUUUUUUUCAUAUUUUUCAAACUUCCUGGUUUGUAAAAUUUGUACCUGUUAAUCAGUGGUUCGUAACAUUUGGUUCAAAGACAAUCUUACACUCGUGUUGUGUUUAUCAUAUCAACGAAAAAUAUAAUAUUAAUUGGUGUUUGAAUUCAUUUCAGAAUUAGAAUGUUUUGAGCAACAAUUUUUGACUUUAAAAAGUGAACGUGACACUUCAACAGUGGAAUGUCAACAAUGAUUUAUUUACUAGGACUUGCAGCUUUUCUGUUAGGAACUGUAAGAGCGGAGAACAUUAAGUGCAGCACCUCCUGUAUGACAGGUCCAGAUAAUACAACAGAUACAUGUAACACUACUACGGGUCACUGUUUAUAUGGCUGUACCACGAGUCCUGUCGGGCAAAAUUGCACAGUCGAAUGUUCAUCGGGAUGCGAAUUAUCGUCACAGAAUGACAUAGAACUAUGUAACAGCUCAACAAGAGAAUGUUUCAAUGGAUGUAAACCAUAUUUUGUAGGUCCAACUUGUUCCUCAAAAUGUCCAGACAUGUGUAAUAUAUCAACAGAUCCAAAAGCGGAAAUAUGUAACAUCAGCACGGGAGAAUGUUUGUUCGGGUGUCUUUAUGGUUACGCAGGACCAAAUUGCACGAUAACAUGUCCGGAUAAAUGUGGAAUAUCUGAAGAACUGUAUACACAAACAUGCAACGCAACCACUGAUGAAUGCUUGUUUGGGUGUCUGCAAGGAUUUGGAGGACCAGACUGCAAAACAAACUGCUCAAGCACGUGUAAAAGACCAGCAUCUAAGGAUACUGAAACAUGUGACAUCACUGAAACUUGUGCUUUUGGGUGUACAGCGGGAUAUGCCGGUCAUAACUGUUCGUUUGAAUGUCCUGUCAAUUGUAGUACACCCGAAAAUAGUACGGAAACAUGUAAUUCUUCAACUGGAGAAUGUUUACAUGGAUGCCAAGAUGGUUUUGCGGGUCUCAAUUGUACUAUUGAGUGUCCCCAGAAUUGCUUUUCUUUCAAUUAUGAAACAUGUAAUUAUACAAGUGGCGAAUGUCUGCAUGGUUGUCAAAAGGGAUUUGCAGGGCAAAACUGCUCACAUGAAUGUCCUGUAAACUGCACCCAUCCAACUAUGGAUGGGGGAGAAACUUGCAAUUAUACUGAUGGAACAUGCAUACAUGGAUGUAACAAAGGUUUGACGGGACCAGACUGUUCUCAUCCAUGUCCAGAAAAUUGCAAACUCCCUGAUCGAGAUGGUGAAGAAACUUGCAAUUUUACUUCCGGGGAAUGUCAUCUUGGGUGUAAUAAUGGUUACACUGGACCUAAUUGCUCAUUCGAAUGCCCAAGGAAUUGUUUAUUUCCUUCAGAAAAUGAAACAGGGACGUGUAAUUUAACGUCCGGUGAAUGCUUCAAUGGUUGCAAUUUUGGGUAUGCUGGGUCAAACUGCUCUGUCAAAUGUCCGGAAAAUUGUACAAAGAACAAUCGCGGAGAAGAUAUAUGUAAUGCAACGACUGAAGAAUGUUUGUUUGGCUGUGAUGAUGGACUUUACGGUCCUAAAUGCGCACAAGAAUGUUCAAAUGUUGAUGUAAACUGUGAAAAGUGCAUCGGAACAAAUGAUAACGCCAUUGUAUGCAAGCGAUGUAGCUUGAACUUUUAUCUGUCGCCUGCAAAAUGUUUAUCAUGCGGUUACUGGUGUAUAUCCGUACCCGGCGUGCCGGUAUGUAGGCAAGAGGAUGGUCAUUGCAAUCACGGUUGUAAACCAGGACGAUUUGGUUCUAUGUGUGAUAGACGCUGCAGCAACACGUGUAAAGAUGUGUGUGACAGGGACACAGGGACGUGUUCGGACUGUAAUUAUGCAACUUAUUGUGGACCAACUUGUGAAAUCUCGUGCCAAGAUGGUUGUUUACAUAGACUUUGUAACCAAUCUUGUCAAUGUAUGCAGGGGUGUACGGCUACAAAAUGGGGAGAAAAAUGUUUGACCGUAUGCAACAAAAAUUGUAACAAACCCUCUGACCCUCUAGAAAGAGUUUGUAAUGCUUCGGAUGGGACAUGUCAUUUAGGGUGUGAUGGUGAUCACUUCUGGGGUAAUCAGUGUAGUAAACAAUGUUCUAAUAACUGUGUUAACGUCACAUGUGAGCAAGAUUCUGGAAAAUGUACAGAUGGUUGCACUAUUAAUACUGUCUAUGGUUGGCGCUGUGAUACAAAAUGUAACAAAAAUUGCCUCGAUGGUACUUGCAAAAGAGAAGAUGGAUACUGCGAUAACGGUUGUAAAGGAGGUACGUACGGUGUAAAAUGUGAAAAAACUUGUGGUAUAAACUGCAUAAAUAGUACAUGUACAAGGGAAACUGGGAUCUGUGAUGUAGGAUGUAAAGAUGGUAGUUAUGGUGAUCACUGUGGUACGAAAUGCAGUGGCACAUGUCUCAACAAAAGAUGCGAGAGGAACAGUGGCAAUUGCACUGACGGCUGUAUUUCUGGAUACGGAGGAUAUCAUUGCAAAACAGUGUUAGGUAUCACACAGCCACCACCAACAACAGUACUUGGUAACAAUUGGAUCUAUGUUGCUAUAGGAUGUGGAGCACUUGUUCUGUUAGGUUUUAUGGUGACGAUUGUGUUGAUUACAAAGAAAAGGAGGCAAAUUGCUAAACGCAGAAGAACAGCUAGAAUGUCUACAAUACCCGAUGAAAAGGUCAUUGAAGAAUCUCAGCGCCGGCACAAACAUAAAACUGAAGGUGCCGGUGCCAGACUGACCCAAUUGUUUGUUGAAAAUCCACUUGCUAGAUUUAUGAAGUAUCGCAGUCAACAUGGUGGUGAUUUAAUAACCAAAACACCUAUCACAGGCAUCCUCAAAAGAGUCAUAAAUAUGGGCGAGAAUGACAUGUUUAAUCAUGAGUUUGAUAAACUGAAAACUGAACUAACGAAAUCACACGAGGCUUCUAGACGACUUGAUAAUUUGGCCCUUAAUCUCUAUAAUGGGAUAUAUCCUUAUGACGAGAAUCGGGUUGUUUUGAAACGCUCAUCAUUUGAAGAAGAGGUCACAAAAAGGAAAUCUAAAGGAUUACGUGGCAUAUUAAAAUCCGUUCGAUUCUCAACAUUUGCUAAUUCAAAUUAUGAGGUAAUGAAAGCGGAUUCAAAUGACACCAAAGAUAAGCAACAAAGUCGCAGAAAUAAAGGGAAAGAUGGGUCAAAUGGGUAUACAAGUGUUGUGUUUAACGUAAAUGACGAAACAGCUGAAAUGAAACCAUCAAAAUCAAAAGACGAGGUUGAUAAUGAUGACUAUGCAACUGUAAAUAUUCAAGGCAACAACAAACAGACUACUGAUCUAGACGACGAACCUCAUGAUUAUGCUAAGGUUUCCUUAGGUGCAACCGCUGUAAAUACUGACGAUAUCCAGGUAGACGAGACAUACGAUCACACACGUACAUUUGGUCAGGAUGGGACAGCAGGUACAAGCAGUGAUUACGCCGUAGUAGACAAAGGUAAAUUUGAGCAAGCUGACAAUACAACAAAAGAUGAAAUUGACAAAAUAGAUGAUGAGCAAUGUGAUUACGCAGUAGUUCAUAAAAAUACAUCUAGGUCCGAGGAUGUAACCAAAAGAGACAAAGGUGUUGGUGUCACUACAGCGAAGGAUUAUAUAAAUGCAUCUCUCAUUAAGGGCUACAAUCAAAAUGAAAAAUAUAUUGCGGCUCAAGGACCGUCAAAAUUGACAGUAAACGAUUUCUGGAUUAUGGCAUGGGAACAAAAGAGUAGCUUUAUCAUCAUGUUAUUAGAGAUAACUGAAGAAGGGCGUACUCGCUGCGAAAAGUAUUGGCCAGAACAUGGAAAGGACGAGACUUACGGAGAUAUCACCGUCACAUGUUAUGAUAGCAAACAAUAUGCUGAUUAUAUCAUCCGAUUUUUAAGACUUUGUUCGAAUAAUGGACAUGAGAGGGAGAUAGUUCACCUUCAGUAUACUGCCUGGCCUGAAGAGGGUUGUCCAGUGUCCGCAAUUGAGUUCAUACAGUUUCAUCAAAAAUACAGAUCGUUGACUAAAGGGCGACUUGGAACUGGACCUACAAUAGUGCAUUGCACGGCUGGAGUUGGCAGAACUGGAGUGUUUAUUGCGCUAGAUAUGCUAGUUGAAGAAGGACUAGAUUCUCUUAACGUAGACGUGUUCAAGUGUGUUACAACACUCCGAGAACAACGUGUAUUGAUGGUGCACUCCAUUGAUCAAUAUGAGUUCCUAUAUAAGGUUGUGGCGCAGACGUUUGCCUUGGAAGUUCAGCCUUGUCAUAAACUCAGACUUCAAGAUAAAUUAACAGAACUGAAAAAGUUUGAUCAUGACAGUGGUAAAACUAAACUGGAACUCCUUCAUCAGAAUUUGAAGGAUUCACUAAGACUGGAUACUGUUGAAAUUGGUUCAGUUGAUGUAAUGCAGGAGAGAAGGAAUAAAGAUAGGCCAACAAGUGAUGUCCCUGAUGUACUAUUCAGACCAGACUUACCAAAUAAUAUCUACAUAAAUGCUGUCAUAUACGACUCUCUAACGAAGAAAGAAACAAUCGUGGCAGCUCAAAUGCCGACACCGGAUACACUUCAGGAUUUCUGUCAGCUGAUUGUUUACCACAAAUGUGCUACAGUUAUAAUGCUGAACCACUUUGACCCCAAUGACAAGUCGCUUGGAAUAUAUUGGCCCACUGGAAAGACCCCUGUAGUAGCCGGGAAAUUGAUCGUAUCUCAGUUAGAUGUAGAAAAGGAAGCCGACUACAUUGUUAGACAACUCAGAAUUCAUACACCAGAAACUGGAGACGAUUCGGCGGCAAAUGAAGUAACUAUGAUUCAAUAUAAAUCAUGGAAGGUUGUGAAGAAUGUACCAAAUGCUAAGAACAUGAUGAAAUUUCUAAAAUUGUGCCAGCGACAUAUUAAAGGAUCACCUGAUAAAGCAACCUUGGUUCACUGCCUGAACGGUGCUGAGCAGAGUGGCCUGUUCUGUGCCUUGUUGAACCUGUACGAGUUUGUGGACACAGAGGACGAGAUCAGUGUCCCGAGUGUGGUCAGGAGAAUACUGGCCAGGAGACCGAAUGCAAUAUCCGCUACCGAUCAGUUUGAAAUGUGUUUUGCUGCCACAUGUGAAUACAUUAAAAAGCCGUGAUGUUGAAAUUAAAUAUUUUUUACAAAUGACACUAAAUGGACACAAUGACCUGCUAACAUAUGACAUUAUGCUAUAUUUUUUAUCUUUAUGGGAUUUGGAAGUAUCGAAAUUCAUUUUGUGGAUACGGUUUCGUGUGAUGUUUUUUACUUUAUUGUAUUUUUAUUGUAUGUUAUACGUUUUAAAUAAUUAUGUAAUGUCGAAUCUUGCAAUAUCCAUUAUACAUAUUUACAAAAUGUUUUUUUUUGGAUGUACUUACACAUUAUCGGAGCUUUACAUUACACUUUAUGAAAAGUUGUAGAGCUUUUCAAAGACAUAAGUGUGUAAUAUUUUUAUACAAUAUUUGACCAAAUAUAUUUUUCUUCAUACGUAAUCAUGGAUCACUUUAUUUUCAUAAUAGCACAGAUGAUUUGUUUAACAAUACAUAUGUCGUGCGGAGCACUUUGCUACGAGUUCAAACAAGUCAAUAUUUAUAUACCAAGUAAAAUAGUUAUCCAGACUGUAAUAUGUAAAUAAAUAAAGCAGCUCGUGCAAGAGAAACAAAUAGAAAGAACUUAAUAUAACUGGGAAUUCCUUCUUCAUAUAUAUGAAUACAUAAUAUAAUAUUUAGCCUGAAGAAAAUGAUAACAGGUAAAUUAAUUGAAGAUAAAAUAUCUUAAUGACGUUUUUUUGUCAAAUAUUCAAAACAGAACUUUGACUGAAACUAAAAUAUUGCAGUUAAUAAUGUGUUUGUUGACGUACAAUUAAGUUUCCGAAUCCAUACGUUUUAAUUUCUUUUUUUUGCUGAGAAUGUCAAACAUCAAUAUCAAAACUGAUAAUCUUUUGAAAGUUUAAGUCUUCAAAAAGACUUCACACUUUUCAAACAACCCACAGGGUUGUUUAGUGAUUUAGUGAUUCACAUUAACAACCAUCAUGCCGCUUAAAUAAAGUUUAAAAAUGUUAACAUAUGUAAAUAAUUAUUCUAGUUUAAAUUAAAAGAUUCGAAUCGUAAUAGGCUUAAACCUUUAAUGAUUAACUAUGUGUAAGAAACGAGUGAUUUUUUUCCAUCUUUAAAAAAGUCAAGCAUUAAUUGACUAAAAUGUUUAGAUAAUGAAUAUGUAAGAUGUUUAUUACCUGAAUAAUGUAUUUUGACUUCCUUACAAAAUACUAAAUCAAUAAAGCUAUACCAAUUGGAACCCGUGAAAUUGGGCAGAAAAUUAUAGCAGGGUACCAAAAUAAAAAGUUUUUGAGAAAUGAAAUUAUAAGCAUAUACUGAGUCUUCUGUGACCUUAAGGAAAUAAAGCCAGAAUUGUUUGACACAAUUAUGCUCAUCAUAUUUGUGUUGCGAUUAUGAUGAAAAGAAGGCAUGCUGUCAUUUAAAAGAAACAACAAACUGUAAUUAAAAUGGAUUAAUGCUUUAAUUUUUUUAUAAGAACAUACAUUCAGCUGUUUUCUUAAAACAUGAAAUGUAAUGAUUAUGUCCCUUUCAACAACUCAUCUAACUGACUGUUUGGUUAAUGGUGAAUACAUUAAAAUAAGUAUAUAAUAUCAUUUACAAAAUGCAUCAACAAUUUUAAUUAUAACAUCUUUGUAUUUGUACUUUGACACACGAUUAAUUUCAAAUUUUAAUGUCUCAAUUUAUACGUAGAAUCUACAUACAAAAUGUCGAUAGAGAUACAUUAGUUUGUUCAAUAUUAUUCUAUUGUAAUAACAUGCUAACUGAGGCAAUAAUUAUAUAUAUAUAUUUUUUCUAUUUAAUUCACAUUUAAUCACUUCAUAGUUUAAAGUAUACGUUUUCAAUAAAUCAUCAUAACAAA